AUUUUAGCAAAGCUAAAAUUUGAUUUGUAUCAAUAUUAAAAAUUUGUUAAAAAAAAGUGCAAUUAUUAAAUUUUUAUUUUAUGUGUAAAUUAAUAAAUUUUUGUUUAUUCAAAGGUGAUUACUUGUAUAACUGCAGUAUUUGUAAUAAAGGGUUUGCAACCAAAGGAAAAUUUAAUUUUCAUAUGAAAUCACAUCAAGAUGCAACAUAUGAAUGUUUAGUGUGUAAUAAACGAUUUUCUACUCAACAAUACUUGACAUAUCAUAUGAAAGUUCAUCCAGAUCAGGAUACAUUAGGAUUUCACUGUGAUAUAUGUAAAUCAGUAUUUAAACAAAAAAAAUCUUUACUUGUACAUAGAAAACAAGAACAUCCAUUUUCAAUGUUUAAAUGUCCUUCUGUAGGAUGUGAUAAAGAGUUUACAACAACUCAACUGCUUAAUAGGCAUACAAAAAGAUUACAUGAAAGUAAAGACAGGUAAUAGAAAUUAACUUAAAAUAAGA